AUGGCCCACCAUUCGGAUGUCUUGUAUGUGGUUCCACCUUAUCUACUCAACACUAGUUAUGGGCUCAAUCUUAAACAGCAACUUAUGUCCAAAGAUGAAGAGCUUGCCAACUCGAAUGUGAUUUCCCAUAAUUCUGUUAAAUACGUGAAUCCACACGAAAGACAUAUAAUUCCUGAAAACCAGAUCACUGGGGAUAAGAAUAUUGAUAAGAUUUUGAAGCAAAAGCUUAUCUAUAAGUUUAGUAUUUUAGGAAUCUUGGGUAAAGACCCUAUGGAUAGCAAACAUAUUUCGGAUGCUAGGCUCUAUGAAUUAUGGCAAAUAUUUAGAGAUAGAAUUUUAGCAGAUAAAGAAAGGAAUGCAGGGAGUAGCUCGAAAGAUGAGUCAAAAUAUUAUUCGUCCAAGUUGUCCGAAAAAGUUGGUGAAGUAUUUUUAAACGAAGAUUUGUUCCACAUACCUGAUAAUUACGUAGAUGAAUUAGAUAAAUAUUUGAAAGAUUUGCUUGUAUCCACCAAGAGAACAGAGUCAAGAAGCUAUAAUAUUCCCAGAAGGCUAAUCAAAUUCGAUGACGGAUCAUUUUUCGAUUACGCGUUGCCUGUUUCAUGGGCACCUUUGAUGACAGUAGAAAGCUUUGCUCAAUUACAAGGAAGUUACAAUUUUGAAAUCAGUAAUUCGAAAGGUUCACCUAGUAUAAAAAUCGCACCUCCAGCAUCUUCAGAAUCUCCAGAUCUUGCCUACAAAUGGUAUAAUUUCAUAACGGACAAGCCUGUACGCCCUUUGGUUGGCGUGUUUUAUUAUGAAUUAGCUAUAAAACAAGAAUCUCUGCUGAAUCACGACUCGUCGCCAUUGAUAAACAUGAGUGAUUCGUCUGAAUCGUCAGAAAAUUCCCUUCAUUUUUCAAUGGGUUUCAUCAAUCGAAAAGUUAAUUUGGAUCCUCCAGGACCAUCCUCUGGAACUGCAAAAGUAGGAGGGGUCCCAGUUGACCUUGAAGCUAUCAAGAGUGAUAUAUAUUAUUAUAGGGAUAAUGAUGCAUACGUUGAACUCAGCGAUGAAAUUCAACAUUAUUUAUCCUUAAAAGCUGGAAUCAUGAAGGGUAGCCAUGUUAUAAAUUUUGAGGAACUGAGUUUCCAAAACUCCAUCAGAGAAGGUGAAUCGCGUCAAAGAUCAGCAGCAAUGAAUUUAAAUCGGAGACUCUCUCAAUUGGGGAGACCCCAACCAGAUGAGUUAAGUAAUGGUAGUAUUGAUCUCGAGAUUCCUUUCAACACUAACAUUUCUCAAACCAAAAACAGAAAAUCAUACAGAUCAGAUAUAGUUGGCUGUGGAAUAAAUUUCAUUGACAAAUCCGUAUUCAUAACGUUGAAUGGUAUUCUAGUCAGAUCUAUUCCUUAUGACAGCAUUAAGUCAAGAUUAUCUACCAAAGACAGUUUAUUCGAGCAUGAAGAAGAUAACUCGGUCUAUCCUGUUAUAGGAUUCGAGCUCAUUGGAACAAAGAAGAUGAAGACAUCUGCCCCAUCAUCAAAAUCCGAAGUGAUUGCCAACUUUGGUAACAAGGACUUCAAAUUCAAUAUUAAUAGUUAUGUCAAAGAAUAUAAAGCGCAAAAGCAAAAUCAAUUAUAUUUAACGGAACUUGAUAAGGUCCAGAAAUUAAAACCCCCAACUUCCAUGCCUUUCAAGGAUGGGUUUCCUAGUACUAUUCAAGAGUUACUAUCAUACAUGAAUGAUGACCCCAAAAUUAUUAAUGAGUUUCUAAGUGGGUACUUGGAACAUGAAGGAUAUCUUGGAACUUUAAAAGCAUUUAAUAAAGACCUCAAAACUCUUGAAAAUGAAAUUAACGGGCUUAAUCAAAUAGAAGAUGACGAGGGCCCCAAACAUCCUUCACAUUCGUAUGACAGACAGUUAAUCAAACCAUAUUUACAUCAUAAUCAAUUUGAGCAAUUAAGCAAAUUUCUCAAGACGAACUACUCAAACGUCAUGAAUAAAAAUGUCUUACGUGAACUUUUGUUUGAAGUUGAUUAUGUUAAACUACUUUAUCUUUUAAGGAAAUAUUUGGAUAUAAAGUUGAACUCUUCAAAUUUCGAGUUUGAUUUUGAAUACAAAACCAGUGACUCUGAAGCGGAAGCCUAUGAAAAAGCUAUUUCUUGGAGUAAAUAUUUACUUUCAGAAUAUUCAAGAGAUAAAGGUCGUAGCAAGAAAGUCCACGAAAUAUGCAAGGCUUUGUUAAUUGAUGAUUCUAAAUCAGUAAAAAACUAUCCUGGUGUUAUGUAUAUUUUAGAAAAUUAUCAAAAGAAAGUCAAUAAGUUAAGUGAUCAAAUUAAUAAAAGCGUUUUGACUUCCUUAGGUCUCAACGAAUCAUCUAGCUUGGAAACGAUAAUUAACGAAACUAACAAAAACAUUAAUAAGUUAAGUUUGGAGCUCGAGGAUGAAAACUUCAUGCUUAUAAAUUAUGAACAAGACUAUAUUGAUUUAGCCUGA